CUGCAGAGAUGAGGAGAUAUAAAGCCUCUGCUGGCUUUACUAUCGCUACACUUUCUGCCUAAAGACGUUCAACACCUGUCGCUUACUGGACUUUUAACCACUAAAACUCCAACAGCAUUUUUCCCCAAGGGAACGACCUUUUCAUAAAAUAUUCAGAAGUUGAAUUUCGACUGUCUGCUUACAUAUUUUGGUAGUUCUUAAAUCCCCCCAACUUCAACUGGAUUCACCUGGAAUGGUCAACGGUGCACAGCUACUGGUCUGGGUGGAAACAUGGAUUGGUUCAUUGUAAACAUGAGUAACAUCAGUUUGGAGAGCGUGCUACCUGGGGAUGAGCCGCGAGAUGAGCGCUUGGCUCAAAUAGAAAUAGCUAUUCUGUCCAUCAUCUUCAUCACUGCAGGAAUCCUAAACUUCGGGCUCUUGUUGGUGCUGUGGAAGCGGAGGAAGCAGCUCUCCAGGAUGCGCGUCUUUGUUUUCCACCUGUGCGUCGCCGACCUGGUGGUCACAUUCUUCCAAGUUUGUCCGCAGCUCAUAUGGGACAUCACGGACAGAUUCGUCGGGCCAGAUAUAUUGUGUCGCGCAGUGAAGUACCUGCAGGUGGUCGGGAUGUUUGCCUCAACUUAUAUGAUCGUAGUGAUGACGAUAGACCGAUAUCAAGCCAUCUGCAACCCCAUGGUGACUUUCCAGAAGCGCAGGGCGCGCUGGAACGGUCCGGUGUGCGCCGCCUGGUUUAUCUCUCUCAUCGGCAGUGUCCCGCAGAUCUUCAUCUUCUCUCGGGUCGAAGUCGCGCCCGGUGUGUACGACUGCUGGGCGCAGUUCAUCAAACCGUGGGGACCGAGAGCCUACGUGACCUGGACGACUCUCGUGAUAUUCGUCCUGCCUAUUCUCAUGGUGAUCGUGUGCCAGGUGCGCAUCUGCCGCACCGUGCGCAUCAACUUUCACAUGAAGACACAGCACGUCGCAGAGGCGGCCAGUAAGUCGCUGUCCUCCAGGGCCAGCAGCGUGGCAGGGGUGUCCAAGGCGAGGGUGAAGACGGUGAAGAUGACCGUGGUCAUCGUGCUCGCUUACAUCAUCUGCUGGGCGCCUUUCUUCACCGCGCAGCUCUGGUCUGUCUGGGACGUUGUGCCGCCCACUCAGACUGCAACCUUCACCAUCUUGAUGCUUCUGGCCAGUCUCAACAGCUGUGCGAACCCCUGCAUUUACUUGCUGUUCAGCGGGAAGCUGCCCAAGUCGCUCAUGGCCCUGAUGUGUGACGGUCAGCCCGAUAUGAAGGAGUCCAUCCAGGAAGACGCCACCAUGGUCAGCUCCCUGUACAUCAGCCUUAAGAGUAUAUCGGACUGCAAAUAAAAGUACUGAAGCCUAGGACACUUGUCUCACCUCAGGCCAGCCUGGUGAACAUGGUAUAAAACAUGGAUCCCUUGGAGAAAGACUGACACCCUCUAAUAUCUGUGAGGACGAAUAUUAUAACAGAACUACAGCUCGCUGUUGUUAGAGAAAUGAACAAUCUAUGAAAUGCUUUCAUGCUGAAACCACACGAGUCUUAACAGGGACGUUACAGAGAAACAGUAAGUGUGAUACAGUUGCUAUAAAGUCACUUUUAUACUUUUGCAGUGUUAAAGGAUUACUGUAGAAUUUUACCAACACUUUAUAUGAAGAUACUUAUAUUGAACAUUAACUAGUUGCUUAUUAGCAUGCAUAUUAGUAGCAUAUUGGCUCUUCAUUAGUCAUUAUAAAGCCCUUAUUCUGAUGACUGUAUUCUAUAGGCCAUUAACUAAGAGUCUUGCCUCACCAACCCUCUGCAUUUCUGCUUAUUGAUUGUAUGGAAGUUGUUCCACAUGCAUUAUGAGUUGUUAUAAUUAUAAGGUGUAGUACCACAAGAGUAGUCACUUAAUACAUAUGGUCUAUUCUUCUGUAACAAAACCAAAACCACAAGUGUUAAUAGUGUCAACAUAACUCUAAACUAACUCUUUCUAGCACCAGAUAUAUCCUCCAAAUAUGUUCUAAUGUGAGGCCUUGCUCAUAACUAAUUCACUAGUAUUCUGACACUUAUUAACCCACAUAGGUUCCCUUUCUGAAGUUGCCUCCUCUUAACACUUAGUAAAUCCAUUAUAGCACACAACUUAUACAAUUAACAGACCCUGUGCUUAUGUGAUGGGUUACAAAGCUAUUAAGAUGUUCUGCCUGGUCACUAACAGGGGAACACCGUCUAAAUUAAUAUUCUAAUAAGUUAUUUCCAUGGCCUAGGAAGGUUCAGUCAAUAUUUGUGAACAUGAGCAGCUCUCUCAAAGCCACAAAAGAGAGGAGAAAGUCUCAAACUCGCGAUGUCACCAAGUAUAAAGUCUGGAGCUGUGAACCCACAAACUGUUCAAAAUGACCUUUAUUCUGUUGUAGUGUUCUCAGUUCCAAUAGACAAAAUAUACUCACAACAUUCUUCUGGGUGCUCUCAGUGUCAACUACAACAUCUGUCCCAGUUCACUGUGUAUAGAGGGGCUUCAGACUUAAUAUGCUGAUGACAUCACAAAUUUGAGUGUCCAGGACCGUAAGGGAAAUGAGAGUGAUUUUUUAAUUCAUUUAUUUAUUUAUAAUUCUAUAAUUCUGAAAAUUGGUGUAGUUCCCCUUAAGUAGUUGUAUGCUAUAGCAUAUUUACUAAGUGUGAAUAGAGGAUAACUUUAGAAUAGGAAACCUGUGUGGGUUACAAGUGUGACAAUAGAGGUGAAUUAGUUAUGAGCAAGACCUCACUUUAAGAUGGAGAAUAUAUUUAAAAUUAAAAAGACUUAAUUUAGAGUUAAUUGGACACUAUGAACAUUUAUCGUUUUGCCACAUAAGAAUAGACCAUAUUUAUUAAGUGUUAUUCAGGUAGAAUGACUAUCCUUGUGGUACUACCACCUUGUAAGGCCCAUACAGAGCAAAGCAUAUUUAGAUCAUAAUUCAUGAGCAACAACUUCCUUACUUACUAACAGUAAGCAGAAUUAGGAGGUUACUGAGGGAAACCUGUCAGUUAAUGGCCUGGUUAAGAACAUUGUCAUACAGAAUUAGGCAUUAAUAAGAGCUUUAUAAUGACUAUUAAUGAGUCAGUGUGCUACUAAUAUGCACGCUAAUAAGCAACUAGUUCAUGCUGAAUAUAUGUAUCUUCAUAUAAAGUGUUGCCUACAAAUAUCUACAGUAAUACAGCAACUAGCGACUAUAACAACUGUUUUUAGCCAUUAGUUAUAUGGUUCAAGAGAUGACAGUGUUGGUCAGUCACUUUGGCCCUGACUGAAAUAUCUAAACGACUGGAUGAAUUUCCAUGAAAUUUUGUACAGACAUGCAUGUUCCCAAGAGGAUGAAUCCCAAAGACAGUCAUGAUCCCUUGACUUCCCCUUCCCAUAGUGCUACCAGCAGGUCAAAGUUUUCACUUGUCCAGUGAAAUAUCUCAACAUCCACUUGAUGGAUUGGCACGAAACGAACAGACAUUCAUGGUUUCCAGAGGAUGAAUCCUACUGACUUUGUUAUUUCCCAGCACCACCAUGAGGUUCACAUUUGUGAUUUCAAAUGAAGCUGUCAAUUUCUUUGGUUAAUGACUAAAUACCUGCAAAACCAGUAACAUUCCCAUCAGACUCAGGUGUACUUUGUGUUUAGUACUUAUCAGGAAAUGUUGCAAGCAUGCUAACACACUAAACUAAGAUGGUGAACAUGGUGCACAUUGUAUCUGCUUAACAUGUUAGCAUUGUCAAUAUGAGCAUGUAAGUGUGCUGAUGUUUGCAUUUAGCACAAAGCCUUUUUACAUCCUCACAGAGCCGUUAGCACAGCACAACAUGGAUCAGGUUAUUUUAUCAGAAAGACAUAAAUAUUAACAAGAAUCAUGAAACAGACACCAUUUGCAUUAAAGUUGUUAGUAUAUUUCAUUCUGUGUAAUGUUUGUUUGUGUAACAGUUGAACUUGUGAAAUGAUGAGAAAUAAUUCUAUAAUUUUUAAUAAUUCAUCUAUGUGCUGUGUGAUCUUAAAGUGUUUCAUUCAAAUGUCAAUGUGGUUUCUCUUGUUAAAUGUAGCAGUUCACAUGUGUUGUAUGCCCUUUAGGUUAAAUUUAAUUAUUGAGUUUACAUCUGUAUAUAUGAUCAUAUAUGAUAUGUGUUAGUUGUUGGCUAAAAUAGUCAGUUGUCACACAACAGACGAGUCUGUGUUUGUUAAGUAACUUCAAAUAUGCAGCAAGAUGCUCAGUGAUCAGUGUUACAUGUUUACAUUCUUCAAAGACCUUUUUCUCUCAGCCCAUGAGGAGUGAUGAUUUCUGAGG